AUGCAGAAAUUUCUUGCACCAUUUCUCAAAGUUCUGUGGCUUCGCAUGUCUAUCAGCGAUGCCCACAGAGGGCCAGCUGCAUACCACACAAAGUUGUCGAUGGAUAAAGCGCGCGUGGUGCGCCGCUGGCUCAUCUGGAUAUACCUAGUUACGAGAAAAAAACGUUUGAAUUUGUCCGUCUAAACGUUUAUUCGGUUGGACUCGAGAAUUGGAACUACGUUGACUCACCGUUUUUAUCCUCUCGCAUCGUUCUGCCAAAAUUGGGUGACUUUUUCAAGCACAACAAUCUCCUUUAAAAAAAUGAUUAUUUACGCCCCUUCCUGCUCUGUUCCCAUAUUACACCAAUCGGAGGAGCCGUUUGAUUUGACAGCCACACGCCCCCGAGUCAGACAACUUCAGAUCUGUACUUCUAAUGUUGGUAAUGAGCUGGUGGAGCAGGG